CUCCGCCGGUGCAGAUCGGCGGCAUGGCGGCCCGGCUGGUCGUGAGCCGGUGGGCGGCUGCACCUGUGGCCGCCCGCGCAGGCCCGCUGGUCACCUGUCGCAGGUGGUCUGGCGCCGCCGCAGACACCGUGUACGAUGUAGUGGUGUCGGGCGGAGGCCUGGUGGGCGCUGCCAUGGCCUGUGCUUUAGGCUAUGAUAUUCACUUUCGUGACAAGAAGAUCCUUUUGAUAGAAGCCGGUCCAAAGAAAGUACUGGAGAAAUUGUCAGAAACUUACAGCAACAGGGUCAGCUCCAUUUCCCCCGGCUCUGCGACCCUGCUCAGUAGUUUUGGUGCCUGGGACCACAUCUGCAACAUGAGAUACAGAGCCUUUCGGCGGAUGCAGGUGUGGGAUGCCUGCUCAGAGGCCUUGAUAAUGUUUGAUAAGGACAACCUGGACGACAUGGGCUAUAUCGUGGAGAAUGACGUCAUCAUGCACGCCCUCACUAGGCAGCUGGAGGCUGUGUCUGACCGCGUGACGGUUCUCUACCGGAGCAAAGCCGUGAGCUAUACCUGGCCGUGUCCGUUUCUCAUGGCAGACUCCAGCCCUUGGGUCCAGAUUACCCUAGGUGAUGGCAGCACCCUCCAGACCAAAUUGUUGAUCGGUGCUGAUGGUCACAACUCGGGAGUUCGGCAGGCUGCAGGAAUCCCGAACGUUAGCUGGAACUAUGACCAGUCUGCGGUAGUGGCCACUUUGCAUUUAUCUGAGGCCACGGAAAACAACGUAGCAUGGCAGAGAUUUCUUCCCUCUGGGCCCAUUGCUCUGCUUCCGCUCUCGGACACCUUGAGUUCCUUGGUUUGGUCCACGUCCCACGAACAUGCAGCAGAGCUGGUCCGCAUGGAUGAGGAACAGUUCGUGGACGCCGUUAACUCUGCCUUUUGGAGUGAUGCCAACCACACGGACUUUGUCGACUCAGCUGGCAGCUUGCUGCAACACGCUCUCGCCCUUCUGAGGCCCACUAAGGUCUCAGCUCGCCAGCUGCCCCCAAGCGUAGCACGGGUGGACGCCAAAAGCCGAGUGCUGUUUCCCCUGGGGUGGGGACAUGCUGCUGAGUAUGUUCGGCCUCGAGUGGCCCUCAUUGGGGAUGCAGCCCACAGAGUCCACCCGCUUGCAGGACAAGGAGUCAACAUGGGCUUUGGGGAUAUCUCCAGCUUGGUCCAUCACCUCAGUAGUGCCGCCUUCAAUGGGAGAGACCUGGGCUCCAUGAGCCAUCUCACAGGUUAUGAAACAGAGAGACAGCGGCACAACACCGCACUUCUGGCAGCCACAGACUUACUGAAGAGGCUGUAUUCCACCAGAGCCACGCCGCUGGUGCUCCUAAGGACAUGGGGCCUGCAGGCCACCAAUGCAGUGUCGCCGCUCAAAGGACAGAUCAUGGCCUUUGCAAGCAAAUGAGUGCUCCUCUUCUGAGAGUAUGUUGAUGAGAAAAGACUAUUGCAGCCUAAGACCAUCAUACAUUUCCAAGCUUUAAGUUAAUAAAUUUGUUAAAAUUCUUGUCUC